AAAUGGUAUUGAGGAUUGGACAUUAGUUCCGGGCGUUUUGAAAAUCAAUCAGCAAUGGCAAAGUCGAGUGCUGUGCCGAAAUCCAAUCUUCCGGAGGACGAACUGUACGAGAUAGAAAAACAGGAAUUUGAAACUGGACCACUUUCUGUACUCACCGAUGCAGUUAAAAACAAUACUCAAGUGUUGAUCAACUGCAGAAAUAAUAAGAAGCUUUUAGCGCGAGUGAAAGCAUUUGACCGACAUUGCAAUAUGGUGUUGGAAAAUGUUAAAGAGAUGUGGACUGAAGUGCCUCGACCGGGUAAAGGUCUGAAAAAGUCUAAACCAGUGAACAAGGAAAGAUUCAUCAGUAAAUUGUUUCUGCGUGGUGAUUCUGUUAUUCUGGUGCUUCGAAAUCCACUGGCGACUGCUGCAGCUGCUGCCCCCAGAUCAUGAAACUGUUUUUCGUUCAUUUUCUAUUUCUUUAUCAAAAUGUUGGUUUUGUGAAUAAACAUGUAACUACUUGUAUAAAAAAAAUACUUUCAUAAAUUCACUGA